AUGUCUAACAAUACAAAUGUUUCCUAAUUUGCAAUGAAAAAAAUUUAAAAAAACAAUAAUUACACUUUGUUUUAUUCAUUUAUUGAAGACGAAAUAUCCUCUUCCUGUGUGUUGUAGUUCUUUCUUUAGACAUGCCUCGUGCACAUGAAGCCAGCAACCUCUUGCAGCAAUUGGUCCGUAAUGUUCAUUCAGGGAUUAAGAAUAACGUCUUAAUCACUUUUAAAUUGAUGUUCAAAUAUUUGUGAAAAAUUACCAGUCUAGAGCGAUAACAGAAACAAACAAUUAUUACUAGUACCUCGCCUUAUGUUCACGAGGUAAUUACGCUGGAGACCUCUGUCGUAAGGUAAAUUGUCUCGUUAAUUACACCCACGCGUAAUUACAUCUAACGUAUUCCUUCGAAUGCAACGAAAAGCUCAUCAGCACAGUCAGAACCCAUCUGGUGUGGUCAACGGAUCGUCCCAAAGCGCUCCCUGCCGGAAAAACAAGGCAAAAUCACACCUGUUCUACCUGUACAGGUGAGUGGGGGUUCACCGCGGUCACGUGACUAGAUUCUUUACGUAAAAAACAAGUCAAACCGCGCCUACCGACCCUCUCGUUCGUUAAAAAACGCAUCUCAAAAAUUAAACGCUUUGUUCGUGGGUGUUUACUGAAGAAGUUUGAAUUUUUUAUUCGAAACGUCACAAGUUCAAGUGCCUUUGAUCCGUACGAGAAAUCAAUCGAUUAUCCGCAUUGGCAAUGCGAUUUCAACAUAAGUACGUUAAAAGAAAGUGAGUUAAAGUUUAUAUCGGGUGUAAACAGUGAUUCUAACGGUCAGAAAAUUUUUGGAAAUCGGUGCGUGAUGCGUGUGCGUGAAUUGUGGAACAAUGUUUAAUUUUUUGAGGACGUUGUUUUGGUGCUUUGGUUUUGCCAUCUGUGUCAAUGAAGUCGUUUUGCAAGAAACGGAAGGGUUUUUUGGGAGUACGGAAGGAUCUAGGGGUGGUAGGACUGAACAUCCUGGUGGUACGAUAGUCAACGAUAAGUUGGUUUUUUCGAAAUUUAAAAGUCCCUACUGGUUAAGAAAUGACAUCAUCGUUGAGAGAAACGCUGAAUUAAUUAUUGAACCAGGAGUUACCAUCAACGUUGAACCUCAGGUUGGAAUUACCGUUCGAGGAGUUUUGACUGCUGUGGGUACCGAAAAUGAGCGAAUCGUUAUAACGACCGCAGAGGAAACCUCUGCGAAGAAUAUUAAUUUCCCCGACAUCCGGCUCUCUGACGGUCCAACGAUUUUGGCAGGCCGAGUCCAAGUGCGUCACAAUGGCCGUUGGCGUAGCGUUUGCACCAAUUCCAAGAAUUGGACGCGUGCCGAUAUGGAAACGGCUUGCAGACAACUCGGUUUCCAGGGCGGAUCGUUUUUUAAUUGGUUCGAUAGACAAAUGCCUCUAAAACCGCGACUUCUUUACGAAGAACCCAAAUGCACAGGAACGGAAAGCUCUCUAUUCGAUUGUGACUGGAAUUCGAGACAAAUGGGGGCCGGAGUGUGCGAUUAUCACCCGGAUUUGGCUAUCCAAUGUAGUCCACGACACGAUAAAACUCUUCCUUUCUGGAGAGGCAUCCGAUUUGAGGAUGCCAAGUAUAAGAAAGUUUUGACACAAUCAAACACUCUGUAUAUUCCUCUCUCGUUAUCGAAGCUGCAAUACGUCCAAAUUUUAUACGCGGGGGCUGGGCGUAAUCAAAAUGCGUCAAGUGCUGUUGAAGUUGAAGGGACUCCUCCGGUUAUGGACAAUUUAGAAAUUAUUAACUCGGCCUACAAUGGGAUUAAUAUAACCCGUCCUGAGGGGCCUUUUAGUGUCAAUAAUUGCACGUUGAGAAGUAACCGCGGUUAUGGCAUCUUCGUCAACUCCAGUCAGAUGUUAACCCACAUCGAUGGGUGCACAAUCAACGAAAAUGGCGGCGAUGGGGUGAGAUACGUCCAUGGGGAAGAACGGCCCGACGAGAGGAUCGACCGAUACGGUUUCGACGAUUUCUGUAACCUCGCAAUUGUCUCAAGUCAAACCUUCCCGUUGCAACUUUUCGCCGAACAAACAAUUUUUCACAACCAAAUUAAAUCCUGCGACAAAGUCUUUUCAACUCGUUACAGCAACCUCAUUACCUUAUCAGUUAUUAGAGCUGUCACUAACGUGAAUAAUAGUGCGUCUUUCGAAGUCUACGAUGGCUCCACUUUGAAUCACCGGUUACUUACUUCAUUCCCGAUAAGAAACAACACAAGGCCUCAGUCUAUCACAAGUACAGGGCGACACCUCUUUGUCAAAUUUCGAGCAGCUGCGAGUACCGAAACUGUUGUUUUCAUGAGAGUUUUCUCAAGUCAUAGCAAAAGUUACGAUUUGAAUGUUAGCAAUUCGGAUGUUUCGGAAAAUAUGGGGCGAGGGAUUGCCGUUGAUAAUUUACGGUCACAAGUCCACGUUUACAAGUCUUCGGUUUCGAAAAAUCAACAUGUAGCAGGACUGCAUGUUACAAGUGGUGUUGGAGAUGUUAAUGUUACCGAAAGUCGGAUUUCGUUCAAUGAGGGUGAUGGGAUUAAUAUUACUUACACUGGGGGUAGCAGAAACAUAUCCAGGUCAUCCAUAAGUUCAAACUCCAGGUAUGGUCUAGCGGUCUGGCUCAAUGAUACAAAAGAAACUGAAUUUAUCACAGUGAACCAAACCACAGUUGUGCAAUAUUCAGAGAUUUACAAAAAUCUUGACACGGGGAUUUUACACGGGAAUUUCUGUGGCGAAUCCCUGUUUAAUUUCACUGGGAAUCACUUCAGGAACUGUGCCAAUGACGCACUUGAAGUACUGACGUGUUGGAAGAAUAGUAACACCUCGACGAGGCUUCAAAUCGGUCAUAAUGAAUUUAUCGGGAAUAACAGGAUCGGUUUGAGGAUCACACCAGCCUUAAACCUUGAGGCCAAAAUCGAGUACAAUCACUUCAGACAAGGCUUAUUCGGUGCUCUCUUAAUCAAAAACAAGCCUUUAGAAGAAUUCAACAUUUUGAAAACAAAUAUCGAAGUGUUCCAGAAUUAUUUCAUCAACAACACUGGCUUUUUUGUGGCCAAUUUGGCUUUAUCCCCAUAUUCCGAAAACCAAAACUUGUUGUUUAUCCGCAAUUUCGUGAAAAAUAACCGGAUUUCGGAACCGUUCCAGCCUGAGGAUGGAUCAGUUUCAAGUUUGAAUCCUCGGAGUCGGGUUGCAGCCCCCAUUGUUGUGGGUUCUGACAAUAUUGAUAUUUUCCGAAACAUCAUCGAAAAUCCACACUCAAAAUACGAAAUUGGUAGCCACCUUGAAGACCAAAGCAAGUCACUUAAUUGCACCUUUAAUUGGCUCGGAUUUGGACACGAUGAAGAGAUUUUACCGCGACUUUUUCACCGUCUUGACAGAUACAAUUUAGCUAAAAUCGAAUUUACUCCCUUUCUUUUGCACAAUACUAACCCUUUAACCAACCGAAUCAACCAAUACCAGUACUAUAUUCCGAAAUUUGUGACUCCUAAUUCAGUCGGUGGUGAGGUUGAGGGUGAGGAAACUCUGACUCCGGGUGAAUACGUUGUAGAGAAAGACAUAAAUAUUCGGCCGGGGGGUAAGCUAACAAUCGAACCAGGAGUUACACUCCGGUUUCCUCCUUCAGUCGGAAUGAUGGUUGGAGGGAAAUUAGAAGCAAGAGGGAUCAGACCUGACAGCAUUAAAUUCACCCUCAAAGAGGAAAUUUCGCAUUCUCCCGAUAACGAAACUUACGAAAUUGAAACGGAAAAAUACGAAGUUGAGACUGAAGUCGUACAAGUCGAGCCCAGGGUCCCCAUCCGACUUCUUGGAGGAGCCACAGAAACUGAAGGUCGCCUCCAGAUCAAAAUCGACAAUGAGUGGGGCACUGUUUGCAACUACGGGUGGACUAUGAAAAACGCUGCUUUAGUGUGCCAACAAUUGGGUUAUGUUUUAAACCCAGAAGACUGGUUUUUGAAACCUAGCGAAACACCAUCAGCUGGCAUGAGUGAAGACGUAAUUUUAUCAAACGUCCAGUGUGACGAUUUUGAUUUGGACAUAACGAAAUGUAAGGCUGAAACAAAGGGAAAUUUCGAAAAUUCGUGCACUCAUGAGAACGAUGUGGGGAUUAGAUGUUACAAAUCCUCUUGGGCGGGGGUCAGAUUUGGAGCUUUGGCCGAAAGAAGCAACAUCCAGUACAUCACAAUAGAGAUGGCCGGACUUUUAGAUUAUGCCACUAGGACGUUCAAGCCGGCCCUCCAGAUCGAUUUUGCAAGACAAAACUUUGAAAAUAUCCGAGUUUCCAACAAUUUCUACCACGGCAUGGGGGUUCUUUAUACCGAUAUAUACACCGAUGAUACCAUCAACAUUAUCAAGAAUUCGGAAUUUUUGAACAACAAAGGGGCCGGAAUUAGUUUUAAACAAUUGGGUUUCAACAUAUUUGGGAGUCUAAUUGAGAAUAAUUAUUUCGGUAUUAAGCAUAAUCCUGUUCUGACCGGGUUGCAACAACGAGAAUUUGCUGGUUGGUUUUUAACAAGUGAUGAUAACGUUCGGUAUAAACCUUUGAUGAUCCCUGAAAUGUUAGAUGUGAAUACUAUUCAAGUCGAUCGGGGGGAAACUAAAUACCUGGUCACGUCUAAAGUAAUUGGUGAGAGUAUUUCGAGGGUUUACCGGUUUAGAAGUGACCCAGGGUGGGUUAUUGGAAUCCAACUGUUGAACCCCAUAGAGAAUCGUAGUACCGAAAGUGUAGUCAUUCAAGACGCACUCUCUUACAACAAAAACGCUAUUUAUUGGGUGCUUAAACGCGACCUUACCGUAUUUCCCACAACUUCAAGUAGUUACGGAAUUAUUUUGGAGUACAAUAGUAGAAGCUAUGCGAUCGGUGGUACUGUUCUGGUCAUCAGUACGAUCAGAGCCCCAGUUCAAAAUAUCCGCAACCGGAUUAUCAAAGGCCCAAUCCCGACUUUAAGACUGACAAACUCGAAAAUCAGGAGUAACCAAUUUGGAAUCCACGCUUCUUACUACAAUAGAUACUUGAACGAACUGGGAGACCACUUUUUGAGGAAAGCCAAUGAAAGUUUCCAAUUAGUGAAUUGUGAGAUUUCUCAUAACCAGAAUGAAGCCAUUUUUGUCCAUUCACCACACUGGGACUUGCAUAAAAGUAACAUUUCCGAGGUUAUUAUAAUGAUAAAUAACUCGUUGAUUACGGACAAUGGGAAAGGUUUUUAUCACUUCUCGCGCGAUAUGCGGUCUUCAAACAACAUUUUCCAUUAUAUUUUGCAAGACGAUACCAUCGAAAGAAACCGAGCUGGAGGAUUCGAUAUCAACCUACCAUAUGUUUGGCAGUACAAUGAAAAUUUCACUCAUUCUGUGUACAUGGACAACAACACUUGGAUGCACAAUAGAAAUUUUAAAUUUAACAUUGACGGCCAUUUCGCUGUCGUCAAUAUAACCCGGAAUGUGUUUAGUGAUAAUAAUUGCGCCAGUGGCUUGAUCACUAUCGGCGGGAUGGAGAAGAAAUUGCUGAUAAGUCGCAAUAAAUUCAAUACGAACAAUGGCAAAUUCAUUGUUGAAUUUGUUUCAAACAGCCAAUCGGAAAUAAUCGGGGAAGUGCCGGCCCGAUUUACCUUCAAUGAACUAAGACACAAUAAAUUCGCCUUUUCGGGGCGGAGUUUCGGCAUUUUGCAAUUGAAGAAAGACCCGACUUCUGUCGUCGCUUUCAAGGGGAUUCAAAAAGUGAAAAUUUUUAGGAAUCUGUUUUCGGAGAAUCACCUCGAUUAUCAGCUAAUUGCGGGGAUCAAAACUGCCAAAAUCGAUAAUUACGUGGACGUGCGUGAGAACUGGUGGGGCACGAAUGACGAGCUUGCAAUCAAAGAGAAAAUUUUUGACUUUGACGACUGGAACAACUAUGCUAUUGCCAAGUUUAAGCCCUAUUUAGUCAACGAUGAUUUUGGUUCGUCUUAUUCUGCUGGUUACAUUAGUGACACAUCCCCCAAUUUGAACCGGCUUGGGGGGAGAAUAACCCGAGACUUGAUUUUACACAAUGAGAGAAAUAUGCCGUAUAUUGUCCAGUCUGAUAUUACAGUGAUGCCGAAAGCGACCCUCACUAUAGACCCCGGAGUGGUUUUGGAAUUUGCCCCAAAUGUGGGUAUUCUAGUUUUGGGGAGUUUGCAAGCCCGUGGUUACGAAGGGAAUGAGAUUAUCAUGCGACCUAUUUCAAAAACGGGCCAUUUGGAAUCAACUGAUAGUCCAAUAGUUCGCGAGAAACGUCAAAUCGAGAAUCUCAUCGGGGGCGAAAGCAUCCGUUUGUGCAAAGGCCGAAGCUGUUACGAGGGUGAAGAAAGCACACCGAGGGAAGGUUUCCUUGAAUAUUUCAAUAAAACUACUCUUCAGUGGAUCCCGAUGUGCGAUACGAGAUUCACCGAAAGGAAUGCUCAAGUCGUGUGUCGCGAGUUGGGUUUCGACCCAUUGAACGUGUUUUUCGACCAUGAUAUCAGAGUCGAGUUUCACAGUAAUUCAUUGUCGCGCAUUUGGACAUGGCCGGAGCCUCUCCAAUGCAAAGGAACGGAGAAAAAGUACGAGGAUUGUCCUAUAAGAUUGAAUGGGCAACAAUUCGGGCAUCGUCACAGAUGCAAGUGGAAUUCGAAAUUUGUUUUCAUACAUUGCGGCCAGAGGAAUUUGGAGCCGAGAUAUGAAUAUUGGGGCGGGAUUAGGUUUGCUAAUCCUGAAUUCGAACAGCAGUUGUACGCUCAUAGAAUUCAUGAUGUGAAAACACACUCGACGAUGCAGAGUCAAGAGUCUGUAAUGGAGUAUGUUAAUAUAAUAGGAGCUGGGAUAUUGCAUAAUGAAAAGUCGCCAGCGAUUCAGAGCAUUAUUAAAAGUCCCAAAAUAAAUUUCGUCCGGGUUCAGAAGAGUGCUUCGCAUGGAAUUAACUUGAUUUCGCCGUCGAAUACAAUGAAUUUGUUGUAUAAUACAGUUGAGGAUUCUUUAGGAGUGGGAAUAAAUACGUUAUCGUUGACUGGAGAAGGACGCGAAUCGCAAGAAUCGAGUUUUACGCCUUUGAAAAGUCUGAAUAUUCCUUACAAUUUGUUCAGUUUGGUCGAUAUGUGUGACACACAUAAGGAAAUUGAAAUUCAGGAGAGAAUCCUUCUCUACUUCAAAUAUGACAAUCAUCCAGUCAACUGUAUCAAAAUUUUCAAGAGUGCCUACAAUAUCAAACCUCUCGGAUUCAGAUUAUUACAAUUCAACUUGUUUAACUCGACUCAAAAGUACGGAAUCCCCGAUUUUAUCUCAUUGUACGACGGAGACAUCUUCAACGUCACUUCGAAACUCAUUGAACGAAUUACGAUGAGUUCCCAUAAUGAAAAAAGACUGGUCAGGACUAAAUUGCCAAGUCUGAGUAUAAAACUUUUCGCGAAUGGAGCCUCAUCCAAUCACGGCUUUAUCGCCGAAGUUGUCACUCUUCCAAUAUCAGCAAUCGGUUUCAAUCGAGACGUGCAACACAACAUAUCUUAUUCCGUUGUAAAUAACAAUCGAGAAGGAGCAAUGCUGUACAUGUCAGCCGGCGAAGUCAACCCUAUUGUGACUAUUGACAAGAACCAGUUUAGAUACAAUUGCGAGAAGCUCUACGGCAAUUUCACGACUUGCAAUGCAGCCGUCGAGAUCGAUAUCCAAAACACUCAAACAAUUUUCUUCAGAAACAAUUUGGUUGAAGGCAAUCAAGGCGGUUUAUCAAUCAAGGCGGAUUCGCGUGGUUCAGCGACGUCUCUCAAAGGAUACAUCCACAAUAAUUUAUUUGUAAAUAAUAGCAAUUUGCCGGUUUUGUACGUGGAGGGACGACAGUCUUCACCGUAUCAAGAAGUCAUCAUUUACCGGAAUUACUUCACGAGAAACAAAGCCCAAUAUUACAAUAAUAUCGUUUUAAAACAAGUCGUUUCCAACUUCACUCUAAAUUACAUGAAGAGAAAUAUUGGCUUGCAAAACUUGGAAGUGUCAGGGUUUGAUAAAGUGAGACUUCCGAUUUACCAAACGACGUCUCAUAACGGGUUUUAUCAUAAUUAUGCUAUUCAUCGUGAUAGCAGAUCGACUAUUGUCGCAGGAACUGCAGGUCAACAUUACGUGGAUAAUAUCUUCUUUAACCCAGAUAAUGAUUAUGAAAUGAUAACAGUAAACAGAUCUCUAUUUGAAUUCAACAGCACUUUACAACUGUGGAACACAAAAAUCGACGCCGCUUAUAACUACUGGGGCCUUAACAACUCUCUGGGUGUCCGAGGUCGCAUCAAGGACCAAAGUGACGAUCCUCGACUCCUUGAAGUCAUCUACGAGCCGUAUCACAUGAACAAUAAAUCAGUUUUGCUCAAUAAAAAAUGCCCCCCGGGAUGGGAUCUAGUCGGAGGGACUUGCUAUAUCUAUAUUGGUGCUCCAAUGACUUUUUACGAAGCUCGAGCCUUCUGUCAGGCCGAUAACGCAACAAUGCCGUAUUUGUUAGGGAAUUUGAAUUAUAUCGAUUUGUAUGAAUUUUUAAGAUCACAACAACAGUGGUUUUUGUAUAACGAUAGGGUUUGGGUGCAGCAUAUUGACAAAAUCAACGAGUGCACCAUGUUUGCGUAUCAGAGAGUUGAAGUUGAUAACUGUGAUCAAAGGAAUCCUUUUAUUUGUGAAAUAGAUCCCAAAGUUUCGAUAAAUAUCCUGCCGUUGACUGACGAUGUUGUCACAAUAGCCGUCCUCUCGAGUCUUGCUUUGGCCUUACUUUUGAUGGCCAUUGUUGGUGUUUUCUGGUGGAGUAAAUCGAAAUAUCGGCAAACUCAAAGGCUGGAAAGGCGGAACAGUAUAAGACAGAGUUUGCAUUCUUUGAGAUCCGUAGGGUUGGCACCUGGAAGUUUCUCGGAUGCUAGUUAUAGGCGAAAAGUUGCUCAACUUAGUUCACGUUCAACUGACACUUUAACGAAAAACCCCGAAUAUAAGAAAAUGAUCACGAAUGGAUCACUCGACAGUAUGGAAAAAUCCACCUAUACCUCAUCCCUCGACGAUAACCAAUCGUAUGACGUAUAUGAGGCUCAUAAUCCUAACCCUUCCGCUUUUGCUUAUAGCCCCACGAUCGAAUAUCACAAAUCACCAAACCGGUUUGAUGCCCAAUACGUCAGACCGAACGGUUUCGAACUAGCCUACAAAAAUGAGGGUUUUCGAGACAAUUCAACUUUUGCAACCAACUCAAACUACCAAUCACGUGCCGAGAGCAUCCAAGACAGUACAAACGAUGAUAUCCCAAUUAUACAAGACAACGCGGGGGGAAACAGUGUUUCCUACCCGCCGAGUGAAUACUACACUAAUGAUACCCUACCCUUGAGUCAUACUUCGGGAAAGUCGGACUCAACUCUUGAUUUGAAAAAGGGAAUUGAUGAUUAUAACAAAAACCGGAGUUAUGACCCAAUAUACAGUCGGGAGAGGCCUAAUGCGAAUUUGUUGAACGAAUUGAAAAGUAAAUUCCCUCACACGCCACCUCCUCCACCCGAUCCGGUCCCUACAGAAGUCCAGUCGCCUACAUAUUCCGAAAAACUUGACAGUCUGCAGUAUUCACCCGAUUACAAUACUGUUGGGCUAGCUGGGCCCCCCGAUGACCGGCCAUAUUCUGCGAAUAUACUAGAAACUGACUUUGAUGAGCCUCACCCAAGGCCGAAAGUGCGGGCCAAAAGUGAAGUGUUAUUAGAGACUAAUUUUGACUAUACUCCGCCUAGUGGUAGUCCCCAGUUGAACCAUCCAAUCACCGAAUAUAAUAGAAGUAAAAGUCAACCGUUAGAAACAGCAAUGUAAUUGUGAUAAAAGUGUUUGAACUGAUUUUAAAUUGUGCUCUAAUCAUGUAAGUGAUUAUAUUGUGAUACUAGGAACAGAAAAUAUCAUCUGUUAAGAAUAUCGAUCAUGUGUUCGUUUUAGCUUAAGACGUCCUGAAGUAAUUGUAAUUUAUUGUUUUUGUACUUUAAAUUUUAAUGGUUUUAUAAAAAUGACUGCAUUUAGACUAAUUUAGGAACAAAUCUAUUGUUACGACUAUUACAUAAGUGCAAUUAAAAUAUCGUAGUUAUUUUGAUAACAAAUUGCUUUUUACGGAUGUUAGUUACAAGUAAGAAGUUUUAUAGCAAAUAAGAUCUCAUGUUUGUAAAUAUAUACAUGUAUCAUUGCGAAAUAAACCAACUCAUAGUCAUUAUGAGAUAAUUAAAA